AUGGUUUCGUUGUCCAAUUACGAUGUUUUAGCCUCAGGUGCAGAGACAGAAAAGUUUUCAUUUGACAACUGCAGUACGGUGUGUUCAGAUUAUUAUGGAUGGCAUGAAUGUUUUACUGACUGUCAGAUGGCUAAAUUUGGAGGAGGUGGAGAAUGUCGAUCGCGUUCUCCUAAAGAGCCUGAAAAAUGUUGUUGCCAACAUUAAUACAAAAUUAAUCACCUCUCUGCCGAUUGUAAUAUUGCAUUUAUGUUUUCUAAACUAUUGGAAUUAAUAAAUCUUUUGUGAUUACUAAUAGUAAAUGCAAUAAAUAAAAAAUAUUCUCUCUGUUUCAAAAACAUGUUUUAAAUUUUUUAGAUAUAUU